AUGCCGAGGCAUAAGCCUGUAAUUCCUCGCCUUACUACCUCUCCUGUAAAAAAGUAUCACCCGUAUAAUUUAAGCAAACCCAAAAAAUAUGUGGAUCUCCUUGGUGGCCAGUCUGCACCUGAAUCCAAACCCUCAAUGUGCAAAAAGAAAGGACAUGAGCGCAUUCCAACCGCUGAAGUCCCCAUUCCCCAGCCAUCGCGACGUGUCGAGAUAGCAAACGCCAGUGGCACCGUGAUGACCCAACGCUGGGGGCCUGGAAUCGCAUCUAGAGAUUGGUGGCCAGUGCCAAAUCGCCACGAUCAUGUAGGAAAUGCAAUAUCAACAGAUGCCAGCAAUGUUUCGACUCCCCCUUCAACGCCGGCUCUAAAAAAGGAAUCACCGAAAUGGGAGGCAUCACCUCAAGGUUGGCUGGAAGGUAUCGCAGAACCCGCUCUUUCAAACCCAGACUCCGCCUUGCCCCCUACACCUUCGCGGUCAGCUUCCCAAAAACGGGCCAAGAGAGCAUUACGAAAUCCGCAAAAGCAAGCUGCAUGGCUCCAUUGGCACUGCGAUAUAAUACACAACGCACUGGAAAUCUAUCUAGAAGUAGAGGCAAAGAAGGCAGGACGCAUACCCCUUGCCACCCCCAGCGAGACGUCAUUUGACAGAAACGGAAAACUACAAACACCGGCAGUAUCGCUGUGCUCUCACUGCAAUGCGUCUCCCCGGUUUCAUUCGCUCAUGACGAUCGCGUUCUCAGGUGCCAUGCGGCGGAUGUUCAAAUAUUGUGAAUGUCCAUCUAAUACUCUCCCGCUUAGCAUCAUCCAGUCUGGCUACUUUCCGGGGUCACCUGUAAUGCCUCAAGUUGCCUUCCAUUUCGACGUCCUUUCGCUGUAUUCAGCCUUACAUGUGGACUCAUAUACCCUGGCUGCCUCCUUUCAUGCCGCUUUGUUUUCCAUGUUACAAGAGAAUGGCUACGAGUUCACCCACAACGACCCUUUUCUCCAGUCGUUUAGUGAGGCGAUCACUUGGUUCCAGGCCUUACGUGAUUUAGUAGACGUUGAAACGGAGAGAGAAUUCCUCCAUCCCUCAUCCCUUGUGGCGCCUGAUGCACCGCUAUGGUGUUCCGCGCUGGCCGAGUCCGCCGGGUCCAUCCACGCUGUUCCUGCUCACAACGGAGAUCCUUCAGUCGCUACGUCCCAUGGCAUGGUAUCUGUUGACCACGGCAUCCCAACCUUCACAAAGACGUCACAGGAUCUUCCGUCGAUGGUCCCUGAGCGAGCAAGGCUCAUUCACAACCCAUCCAACACCACCGCCAGCCCAUACCUCCGUGCGAGAUGCCCCCAAUGUUUUGGAGGUUUGAUAUGGGGUAGUUCAGCCAACGAAUGUCCUCACGUCAUCGUCGCUAUGGAUGGUAAUAUGCAACAUAGGCAGUACAUGUUCAUUGGAGGAGACAUGGUCCUUCCCUGGAAUGAAACCUGUACAUUCCUCACCGAUGCCGAAAUUGAGGAAGCUGCCCUCCAUGUCUCUGAUGCACGAGCUGCAUCUAGAGGUUGUUCGGAAGAAUCUCGUCCCUCAUCCCUUGUACCGGAUGGUGCUAUUGAUGAAUGUGAAGAAUCACACAGAGCCACAAAACAUGGAAAACGGACUGCCUCGAAAACGGAUACAUUCCGUUUGAAGGGUCUGAUGGCAACUGUAUGCCGUCAUGAUAUCCCCCUUUUCCUCUGCGAUGUACGCACUCCAGGUGAACAGCAGCACUUUUCAAUUGCCAUGCUCCUUGCACUCAACCGCCAACUACCCUCAAACGCCACCAUUGGAUUAAUGUAUGAUGUUGGAUGUGUUCUCGAUCGAUCAAUUGCCAAGUACAAUCUCAUUCCUGAAAUCGCUCCUAGAUUGAGCAUCGCCGUUUCAGUCUUCCAUGCCUAUGCACAUCAAUUCUGUUGUCAAAUCGCAUUUCACCCCUGGAAACGAAAUGGGUUCGGAAAGUCAAACGGGGAAGGAAAUGAGCGGCUAUGGUCCUUAAUUGUUGAUACAAUAGCGCCUGAAUGCAUAAUGAGUCCAGCUAAACGAAUCACAACUAUUGACCACAAAAUCAAGAAGAUUGCGAUCCGUGGCCGAGACCGUCUUGCUUCAUUGGCGAGGUCCAAACUGGCCACCAUUCUCCGUGAGGAGGCGCUUCUGAUGGAUUUUCUUAAAGAUUUGGAGAGUGACAGGGGAUUCACAACUCCUUUCCUUCGAUCCCAGUGGGAAGAGCAAAAGACUUUGCAGCUCUCCGUUCGAACUUACAAUGACCAAGCCGGAAUGAAAAAGUUUGCGAGACUUCUCGAAGCCGAACGGUCAGCGCAAGCACAUUCGGAAGCAUUGGAUGCUGUAAAGAAGGAGUUGGACCGAAUCAGCUUGGCGCAAACACUGUCCCACAGCCCUAUCAAUCUUGACGAACAUUUCCAAGCCGCUCAGCAUGUAUGGUUGUUGCGUGAUGAAUCUCAACAACGCCUACGAGAUCUGACAGCUCAAAUUGGCCUGUCUGAUUUGAAACCUCCAUGA